UAUGCUUUUUAUUUUAUUUUCUUUGACGUAUAAAUGGAGCGAUGUUGUUCUUGUUUCACCGGUAGCCAUCAAACCAAAUGUAUCUGAAAGCCAAGAGACUGAGGGAGCUAAAAACAAGAUUUCUUCACUACCAAGGUUGAAAUUGGUGGUAGCUAUUUUGUCUGCUCCUAAACGGAUGGACAGACGCACAGGCAUAAGACUCACGUGGAUGAAUGAUUGCAGCCGGAAAGACGUUCUCUGUAGAUUCUUUACAGAUCAGUUGACAAGUAUAGAGCCUCAAGUCAAGACUGCGAUAGUCAAGGAAAAGCUGACACAUGGUGACAUUGAAUUCAUGCCAAUAGCAGGAGGAAUGAACUUUGGGUUAAGGAUGCUAUGGCUUAUGGAAUGGUCUGUUCAAAAUUAUGAUUUUGACUUCUUUUUACGGAUAGAUGAUGACUAUUUUUUGUGUUUGAGGAAGUUGUUGGGUGAGAUACCACGUCGAGUGCAUGUCCCUAGGUUAUACUGGGGCUAUGUUCACUGCGUCGCAGAAGGACAGGUUCGCGUAGAUGAAGGAUUCCUUAUACUUUCGUCCGACCUCGUCAAAGAAUUUGUCAGCAAAAAGGACAGUCUUCUGUGUCAUCCGUACGGAGAUCAAGCAGUAGCAAUAUGGCUAAAUAACCGAACUGACAUCACUCGCUUUCACGACCCAAGAGUAAUUCACGACGUCACCGCUCAUAACCCGCAGUUUAAAAGAGCAAACGAGCUUUGCAACACCUAUCUUAGUCUGCAUGGCAGCUACUUACACGAAAAUCUGAUCUAUUGGGAUAUUGUACAGAAAGAAAGGCCUCAGGUCUGGCUGCCUUCAAUACAACCUUUUGAAGAAGUCUGUAAAUUUGGAACGCACUUUGAUUGGAGAAAAAUGGGAGGGUACCCAUACGAGUGGGAACCCAAACCUUGCUCUUCGAAUCCCACAUGGAAUACUGGACUUAAGAUGCACUUAGGAAGAAAUCAGAUGUAACGAUUUUAUACUUUACAGCCUUCUUUCGAGAUUAAGGAAAAGACUGGGUCGAGUUGAAAUUGCAGUGCAUUAUGGGACGGACGGUUUGAGCGGAUGAAAAGACGCCAUAUAGAAAACAUAUUUCCUAAAAACUGAUUUUUUAUCAUAACGGCAAUUCUGAGUGUGAUUUUGAAAUAUGACGUUUUUUAAUUGAUA